GGAAACUGCACCGGGUUAUAUUACAUGACGAAUGUUGUUUAUUGCACAAAUUUGUUUACAAACAUUAUUUUAAUUUAGGAAAUUUUAAUAUUUUUAACCAAAUGGCAGAACAAUUAUUAAGUGAAUUAGAGAAAGCUGCGCAAAUAGUUUUGGCACCACCAAAUUUAAUUUCAACAGAGCAACGCCGUUCUGCAGAAGAAGUGUUUUUAAAUUUUCGGAAACUUAAAACUCCUUAUGAACUUUGUAGCCAAAUUUUGGAGACAAAUACAAAUGAUUAUAUUGUUUUUGAGGCAGUUGGCUUAAUAAAAAUAGCACUAAUACGGGAAUGGCCAUUAUUAUCACAAACAGAUAUUUCCUCAUUGAGAAAUUAUUUAUUACGUUAUGUUAUAAACAAACCAAAUUUGCCUCCAUAUGUCAAAGGAGGUAUAUUACAAGUUAUUGCAAUUAUAAUAAAAAGAGAGAGUGUAAAUGACUCUGGACAAGCACGGCAAGUGAUAUUAGGAGAAAUUGAAAAUUUAAUAAUGAUUGGUGAUUUGCCAAAAAAACUUCUGGGGUGCAAUCUUAUUUCUGCUAUAAUUGAAGAAUAUGUAACCAAUUGUAAGUCUACAAAUAUUGGUUUAACAUGGGAAACACAUUUCAGUGUAAAGGAGAAAUUUCAAACUGUUGAUUUAAAAAGAAUUUUUAAAUUUUGUAUUAGUGUAGUUGAAGAAUUAAUUAAAAAAGAUUUACAAGACGAUAGUAUAACACUUCUAAAACAAUUACUACCAAUUUUGGAAAAUAUAUUUACAUGGACAUUUGUUCAAUUUUAUUUCCUUAAUUCUAUUGCACGAGACAAGCCAGAUGUUGAUGUUGUACCUUUGGAAGUAGAUAAAGAUUGGCAAGAUGUAAUGUUAAUUCCAGCUGUGUUGGAUUUAAUGUUUGCAUUGUAUUGGAAAAUACGAGAAAAUCCACAAUUAGCACAUCAUGUAAGAACUUGUUUAGUACAAAUGACAAACUUGAGAGGUACACAAAUGCAAUUUAAAGUAACAGAGAUGGAAUACUUUACUAUCUAUGUGGAAAGAUUUCUAAAAUUUGUUACAAGCAUUAAUAUUAUUGAUGAAGAAGCAAGUGGAAUUGCUAAUAUUAUUAAGAAGCUUUUUACGUCUUUUGGAAAAAAAUUUUCUUCUUUGCCUAAUGACACGUUAAAAACAUUUUUCGACCAAAUGUCGCGAUUAACUUGCAUGUUCUUAGAAAAUGCAGCACAAGAAGAAUCAUUAAAUGUUGGUGAAUGUUUAUAUACAGAAGCUCUAGAUACUUUGUUUGAUGCAUGGUUAUACAUUUUAUCGAAGGAAGAUUUAUUUUCUUUGGACUUUCUUAAACAAACUUUUGUACAGUUAUUUAGCAUUUAUCUUCGGUGUCAUUUAUCACCUCCAGAAGGUGUAAGAAAUAUUGAAGAUAAAGAUCUUGAGAAGGAAGAGCUAGAUAAUGAAAAUACUGAUAGAAAAAAAUUCAAGGAACAUUUACAAAUAAUUGGAAUCUUUGGCAGACAAAUACCACAUUAUACCCUUCCAUUAUUGGCCCAAUUAAUUGAAGAUCGUACUUCUAAAUUACGAGAAUACUUAAAUAAAUUUGUGGAACAGAUUGAUUCAUUUAAUACAAUGAAAAAUAAUUCUUUACCUAGAUUGUACGAAGACAUACAUUGGCUAGUACUUAUGAUAGGCAAUAUACUUUGUACAAUGUCUGAUAAUGAAUUUGUCGUAAUACCUACAGAAAUAAUAACCUAUGACAUGGAACAGGUGCAACAAGGAAAAGUUGAUAUAAAUCUUACAUUACAAUUUUUAGCAUCAUCAGAAAAUGUUUUAUCACCAAUUGGUAACGUUACAGAAUCAGUAGAUCAUGUCAUUCGUUUAGUUGCAAGUAUUUUUCGUCUGUGUGCCAUAGAAAAAGCUGCAACGUCUGUUUUAUUAGAUAAUAUACUAAGUCCUGAGUUAAGUUGUACUAUAACUUGGUUUCUGCGUAAAUGGUCUUUGCAGUAUCUUUUAUUAGUAGAACAUCAUUAUUUUGAAAUAUCUGUUAUAUUUUUACAUACUUUUGGAGAAAAUACACCGGGAGCAUCAUGGGCUAUGAAUUUUCUUUUAGAAAAAAUAGAAUUUAACAUUAAUACAUUUAAGAGUGAACCAACAGUAAUGGAUGAAACUAUGAAGUUGUUAAUAUCACUUGUUAGUACAACAGAAAGAGCCAAUUAUGUUUUGAAAUCUGAACGAUUUGGACAUAUUAUAAAUUUAGCUACAAAAGGACAACGUGAAUUUCCACAAGUAAUCAAAAGAGGAUUAAUGCAAACAGUGGUACAAGUUGCAGCUGCUACUGAAAGCAAUAUAGAUCAAACCUAUUGGACACAAACUUUACAACCGUUACUAGAUAGAUUUAAACAAAUUACCUCUAAUGAGAAAUUUUUACAGUGUUAUCAUCAAGAGGAAAUUAAAAUUCAAGUUAUGGAUAUUUUAGAAUGUUUUAUUGGAGUGGCACAAGGUGCACUAGGUUCAAAAAUAGAGUCACUAUAUCAGUACAUAGAACCGGUAUUACGUGAAGUACCAAAUUUAAUAUCUGUGUAUCAUAAUUAUCGGGACAUAGUACAAUUAAUCUUGGAGUUACUUUUUGAAUAUACAAAUGGACCAAGACCAGUUCUUUGUCAUUUUACUCAGGUGGCUGAGAUAUAUUUAAGUGCAAUACGAAAUUAUACACGUUAUAACACAAAUCGACUGACUAUAGAUUCAACUGCAGAAGAGGACAAUUAUCAGGAUAUCUUGUUACUAAUGAAACUUCUAAUUAAUCUUUUAUCGGAAAAUAUAUUCCAAGAUGCAACAGUGUUUUUGCAUGGCUUGUCUAUAAUUAUGCCUAUGAUGACAACAGAUUUAUUAAAAUUUCCAUGUUUGUGUUUACACUAUUUUCAAAUGAUAAUGUCUCUUUGUACACAUAGUUCUCAAGAAGUACUAAAUUUGUCAUCUGAAUUAUUGCGACCACUUUUAGCGUCAAUAGAAUUAGGUUUAUUUUCGUUUGGUCAUGAAGUGUCUAUGUUGUGUUUCAACAUAAUUGAAAUUAUAACAAAUCAAAUUUUUCAAAAUAUUCAAGACGGCCGUCCAAAAAGUGAAAUAAUGGUUCCGUUUUUAAAUUUACUAAUUACAGUCAUUUUAACACAUCAAGUUGAUUCGACUUUUAUAUCAAAUGCGUGUAUGUCAGUUUAUUACUUGAUAUGGUGUUAUCCAGAUGAAUAUAACCGAAUUGUACAAAAUAUUUUAUCCACUCAAUCGGAUCAACAAGUUGUACAGAGAUUAGCCGACGCUUUUACAAAGUUGACUAAAAAUAUAAAUUUUCAGAGGAAGCUUCUUCACAGGGACAAAAAAAUAUUUAGAAAUAAUUUUUAUGAAUUUAUUUCUAAUGUACAGCGUUUUUUAAUGAUUAAAUAA